CCCUCCUGCGUGGCCGUCGCUGUCCUGCUGCACUUCUCCCUCCUGGCCUCCUUCACGUGGAUGCUCCUCGAGGGGCUCCUCCUCCUCCUCCUCCUCCUCGUGGUCUUCGAGCCCUCGUGGCUGCGCCUCCGCCACCUCCUCCUGCCCGGUUACGGCCUCCCCGCGCUCACCGUGGCCGCCGCCGCCGCCGCCUUCCCCGGGGGCUACGGCACCAAGCGGUAUUGCUGGCUCUCCCUGGAGCGAGGUUUCCGCUGGAGCUUCCAGGGCCCCGUUUGUGUCAUCAUCGCGGUUAACGCCGUUGUCCUGGUGAUCACCUUCUGGAAGCUGGUGCAGAAGUUCAAUGACAUCAACCCCAACAUGGGGCACCUGCGGAAGAUGAGGGUGCUGGCGCUGGUGGGGGCGGGGCAGCUCUGCGUGCUGGGCUUGGGCUGGGCCCUGGGGCUGGGGCUGGGGGCGGGGCCCGGGCUCUGGCUGGGGGCGGGGCCUGCGCUCUCGCCCCUCCCCCUCCUGUUCUGCGCCCUGAACGCGGCCCAAGGGCUCUGGAUCUUCCUGUGCCACUGCCUGGCACAGCCACAGGUUCGCGCCGCGUACCGCGCGUGGCUCUGCCGCGCCGCAGGGCGCCCCCUGGAGCUCAGCAGCAGCAGCAACACCGGAAACACCCGCGUUUCCCGCCAGAAGCUGUAAUGGAGCAAAGGAUG